CUUCCUGUUUAAAAGAAAGAAAAAAAAUCAAAACUGGGAAGUUUGAGCCAUAUUCCCUUUUUAAUUAUUCAGAAAAGACCAAAGUGCAUUGGAUAAAAUCUUGAUAUCAAUGCUUUGAACAAUCGUUAAAGUGCGAACACUUUUAAAAAAAAAAAUCCCGUUGAAGUUUAGCCAAUAUUCUAGAUCUACCGUCCUCAUUGCAAGUUGAGCAAUACACAUUGAAUGAAACAACCAGAGCUUGUUCUAGUAGUUUUAAAAGGAGUCACAGUCAAAGAGUCAACACAAGGGUCAAUGGUUUGAUCCCUGAAUGAUGCGACAAAACCCUACAAUUGCUGGAAUGUUUGUGUCUUUUUGAUGCAAUGACCAGCAUUAUGCUAUGGUCGUAGAAAUGGAUUUAAUGAAACUUAUGCAAAGAAAGGAUGCGGAAAGGACUAUAGAUUACCCGUAGUACCGGAAAUGGCGUCAGAACGACCAGUGUCAUCUGGUCUUUAUGACUAUCCUAACGAACAACGCCACUCAUCGCCCGUCAGUUCCGGUAGCUUUACCUCUGGCGAGGGGCUCUCUGGGCGGGAGGAAGGAUAUGACUACGAAUUUAUCAUAAGGGACGAAAAAUACGACUGUCCAAUAUGUCUCCUCGUUUUACGAGAGCCACAGCAAACAACAUGUGGUCAUCGUUUCUGCAAGAACUGCAUUAACAAGUGGCUGAAGGAGUCUGAUCAGAGGUGCCCAAUCGAUAAUAUGCCGAUAACAGAGUCCCAACUUUUCCCAGAUAACUUUGCUAAACGGGAAAUCCUAGGUCUUAGCGUAAAAUGUCCAAACAGUAAGGAAGGAUGUCAAGUGAUAGAGACCUUGAAAAACAUCCAGAAACAUCUUGACGAGUGUGAAUAUGUUCCCAUACCGUGUCCGAACAAAUGCAGUCACAUUCUCCUACGGAAAGAUAUUCAUGAGCAUUUAUCUCAUAUUUGUCAUAAAAGAACCAUUAUAUGUAAGCAGUGCAGAUCCGAAAUACUAGCGGAAAAUGUUCAGGAACAUAUGGAAGAACUAUGUCCCCUUGCAAUGGUCAAAUGCCCGUAUUGUGCAAUGGAAUUAAUGAGAGAACAGCUUCAGCGUCAUUUUGAUCAUGACUGUAUGCGGAAAGCGAUUGACUGCGUGUAUUUAAAAUUAGGUUGUAAUGUUGGAAAGAUUCCUAGAAGCGAAAUGGGAAAGCAUUUACAAGAAAACUUGCAUCAACAUAUGCAGCUGAUGUGUCAAGCCUUGACUCUGAUCUACAGGCGCUUAAAUAUUCCAUCACUGACCCAGCUAGGACAGAGUCAUUCAUUACCAGAGCGAACAGAAAAUUUCAGCAGCCAGGAGAGGAGAAUGUUAGAGGAUAUCGGGAACGGACUGGGCACUGCAACUAGUCUGCUGCAAAUUUCUGAUGCUCCUACGUAUGUUGCACCUCAGGCAGGACCACAUUCCCUUGAGAGCAUGCGAUCACUGGAUGUGAGUCAUCGAAACAUGCGUGGCGUGUCCCAGGGCAACGAGGAAAGGUUGGGUAGUGAAAGAACCCAGAUUGAUACAGAACUGACGUAUACCUCAAAUCCCUCUAAUAACCUAGAGGGCUUCAACAGAGUCCCGAUGUUUGAUGAUGAAUUCCAGUCUCUAAAAAGCCAAAACAUAUCACAAGACGAAAGUCUAGCGAGACACGAGUUACUGUUAUUGGAUAUGAAACAUACAACAGAAGCAUACGAGAAAAACAAUGCGGUGUUGGUUAAAAAGGUUAGAAGUUUAGAAAAUGCUAUUAAUGAUUUCGAAGGACGAAAUUGUAAUGGAGUAUAUUUCUGGAGAAUUAAGAAUUAUUCCAAGUUCAGAAGCGAGGCUGAGUUAGGGGAAGUCACGGCUAUACACAGUCCGGCGUUUUAUUCUAAUUGCUUUGGAUAUAGAAUAUGUAUUCGAGCUAAUCUAAACGGAGUUGAUUCCGCCCGUGGAAGCCAUCUAUCCAUAUUCGUACAUUUUAUGCAAGGAGAAUUUGACGAUAUUCUUGAAUGGCCGUUUAGUGGGCGGAUCAUGCUGAGCGUUCUCGAUCAAAACCCUACUUGUGAACUAAGAUCACAUGUUGUAGAGACUCUGCUCGCCAAACCAACUUUGGCGGCCUUUCAGCGACCGACCACCCCCCGUAAUCAUAAAGGCUUCGGAUACAUGGAAUUCCUACCCCUAAGUGUUUUGGAUAACUCUACAUACAUUAGAAAUGAUACAUUGAUAAUAAAGGCUCACAUUAUCCCGACGUAACUUAUCCACUUUUAGGGAGAGUGAUGACAUUUAAGCAAAUGUGGUGUGAUUGAUUAAUAUAUUAUGAUUUACCUGGUAGUAUUGCGUUGCAUAUUGUGAUCAUUUAAAAGCCUGCAAGGGAUUUUUUCAAAAUCAAGGAAAUUGUUUGAAUUAUAUAGCAUUCGUUUGAAUAAACUUUACAGUGUA